CAUAAAUUGACAGUGAUAGUUUUGGGAGCAACAGUAAAAUGUGCUUUUAUACAACUCUUUAGUGAUUUUUUUGGUAAAAAAUGUUUUGUAAAAUGCUCAGUGCAUCUUCAGAGUAUCUUCAAAUUACCUAUUAAAAAAUAACCCGCCAAUAGAUGCCGUUAUGUAGUUACAUUUUGUGUAAACAUACGAUUCUGCAAAGAAAUUUUUUUUCUUCUUGCCUGGUCAUCUACUGUGGUGGUCCUGUGUUGAAGUCCUAAAUUUCUUUAUCAAUUUUUAAGUAAUUAUAAUUUUUUGGUUUAACAAUUUCAUCUCUCUUUUUCGUCUCUAGUUUAUAAAUAUCCUUCCAAUAGAUGCCAUAACAUAGUUACAUUUUAUGUGUGGUUGAUAAUAAUAUUACUCUGCAAUUUGUGCGUGUGUGUGCGCGCGUGCACAUCAGUCAGUGAUGAUCCAGAAAAAACAUUUGUUUGUCAAUUUUAAGUAGUUAUUUUUUUGGUUUAGCAAUUCCAUCUUCCUUUUUCCUUUCUAGUUUCUAAAGGUCUUAUGUCUCUUUUCUUUAUGCUUUCCUUUUCAGUUACAUUUCUUCAGAAUACUGUAUUUGCACCUGUACUUCGCAUUCAACCAAAUCCACAUGUAGCUGCUGAAGCUGAGAAAAUUUUGUCCUCAUCUCUUGAAAAGAUUGAGACAUUUUGGCUCAAGGAAAAUGAGCAGUUUUUGCUGGGAAACACCCAGCCAUCUAUGGCAGAUCUCAGCUUGGUUUGUGAAAUUAUGCAACUAGAGGUUUUGGAUGAGGAGGAUCGCAAUCGAAUAUUAGGCCCACACAAGAAAGUUCAGCAGUGGAUCGAAGAUACAAAGCUCGCAACAAGACCUCAUUUUGAGGAAAUUCACAGACUCCUCUUUGAAGUCAAAGCAAACCUACAAGAGCAGCGGUUGUUGGGAGCUAAUACUGAGACAGAGUCUGGCUUAUAAAAUGCAUUGCGGUCCAAGAUGUGAAAACACUGUUGCGUUUAUAUGUUAUAAAUCUGUAAUAUUCCCUUGGAGUGCCCUAUUGCUAUCACAUUGUGAUAUCAAAAUGAGGACAGGC